GGCGCGUGCGCGCGGCGGCGGCUCAAGAUGGCGGCGGCCGGAGGCCCCGUGGAGGUGGCGCUGGUGGCGGUUGCCGAGGCGACGGCAGGAGCAGCAGCAGCGGGCGGCGUGGCCUCCUCCUCCUCUUCGCCCGGCGGCGCUUGCUGCUGGGUGUGGGAAGUGGGCUCCGGGGCGAUCCUGGCCGGCUACCGCGGAGGGAGCUUCGCCGCCCGAGGGUUGGCGCUGCUUGGCGGGGAGCAUCUCUUAGGGGCGCAGCUCGGCAAGGCCUGGCUGGGCGCCUGGGAGCUUCAGAGGAAGGAUCAGCUCCAGCAGAAGAUCAUCUGCCCCGGGCUGGUGUCCUGCCUGACCGCCGCUCCCAAUGGCCUCUACGUCCUGGCGGGCAUUGCCGAAAGCAUCUACCUCUGGGAGGUCUCCAGCGGGAACCUUCUUGCCAUCCUGAACCGACACUACCAGGACCUCUCUUGCCUGGCCUUCACAGAUGACAGCAGCCACUUCCUCUCCGGGGCCAAGGACUGCCUGGUGAUCGUGUGGAACCUUUGCAGCGUGCUGCAAGCAGAGCAUGGCCAAAGUCCGGAGCCCCGCCACGUGUGGUCGCGACACAGCCUUCCCAUCACGGACCUCUGCUGCGGGGUCGGCGGCCCCAUGGCACGGGUCGCCACGGCCUCCCUAGACCAAACAGCCAAGCUCUGGGAGAUCUCGUCAGGGGACCUUCUCCUGUCUGUCGUCUUCGAUGUGGGCAUUAUGUCAGUGACCCUUGACCUCACCGAGUAUUUUAUAUUUUGCGGUGGCAUGGAUGGCUCCAUUUUCCAGGUUGACCUGUGCUCCUGGCCUGUGCAAAGAGAGAGGGGCUUUCGGACUGAGCGGGAGAACGGCAAAGUCUUCCAGGGGCACAGGAACCAGGUGACCUGCCUGUCGGUCUCCACGGACGGAAGCCUGCUGCUCUCCGGAUCGCACGACGAAACGGUUCGGUUGUGGGACAUCCAGAGCAAGCAGUGUCUGCGCACCGUGAACUACAAAGGCCCAAUCACCAACGCUUUCAUCACUCUGGCACCGGCCAACAUGAUCAAUCCGGACAGCAAGCCCAGCGUGCCCCUGCCGAAGUUCAGCCGCCACCUCCACAACAUGGAGAACAUGGAACACUCUGACGGCGAGGGGCUGACUCUCUGCCUCGGCCUGCAUCAGAAGGGCUCCGGCGAGAGCUUCUUGGGAAAAGCAGAGCGGUUGUACUCCCAGAUGUGUUCGACAAGAGAGAAGAACCUGACGGGGAAUCACGAGCAGCUGAAAAUCCAGGUGACGGAGCUGGCGGAGGAGGUCGCCGCCCUGCGGAAGAUCAACAAGAGCCUCUUCGACUUCUCCAGCCGCAUCAUAACCAAGCCGGGCAAGCAGUAGCCCCGUGUGUCCAAGCUCGCGUCUCGAGGGAGGGGAGAAGCAGGCAGAGGCCCGGGCUUGGACGCGGGGGGACGCUCCCCGUGCGCUUCGAGUUUUCUUUUUCCUGGACAGAUGGCAGUCGGGGGGGGCGAGCAUAUCCUCGUGGGCCUCUCUCUCUCUCUCCGUGUUCCUGCCCGAGGAGCUGCGGCGACCGUGUGGCCAGCCAGACUCUGUUCUCCCGCCGAACGCCGGCCACGGCGCGUGCAGAUGAGCCAGGAGAAAAGACUGAGAAAGGACAGCUCUGUAGGGCGAAAAGAGUCCGUCCGGUGGCACGAGAAAGGCAGUGGUCUGCGUGACUUCAGCGAGGCCCUUCCCUCCACCGUGCGUCGUAUUGGCACCCCAAAUCCAGAUCCGCGCACCUCUUUAGAUCCUGUGCUGCCGAGCUGGAGAUCACGGUGCUGUUUCGGAGCCUCUUUUUUCUACUAGAGCUGCUUUUGUGGCCUUUUUCUUUUCUUUUUUUUUGAGGGGUGAGAAGGGGACCUCUUUGUAUAAUCCAGAGGGAGUCUGCCGCAUCCCAAGCGGAGUGCAGACGUAUAUACCUUUCUGGUUGGCCGAGGAAGUGUGGCCGACCGCUCCCACGUCUGUGACUCUUUCUAUAACCAAUCAGGCUGCAAGGGGGGGUGUUUGGGAGGGGGGUCAUAGUUCCAAAUCCUUCCUUCCCUCUCCAGGGGAAAAAUAAUA